GGAGAAUUUGUAGCUAUUAUGACUGUGGAAAACUAAUUAAGCCUCUCAUUGGAUGCACUCCAGCUCUCUUGCUCCCUACAGAAAUGGGCAAGAAUGUGGGUCUAGAAGGAAACCAGAGGGGAGCUUAGGCCUCCAAUACUCUUACAACCUUGUAGGACAACUAAAGGAUCCCAAGAAGAACGGGCACUAUUGGACACACAAACACGAAAAUCAAACAAGGUUGUGAAGUAUUGUUAGUGCCUAGAGAGCGGUGAUCGGCUCAUGUUUAGUUGGUGCUCAGCCCAAUAUCCAGUACAUGGUAUAUGCUCAGUGUACUGGACUGGACAGUGUCACCCCCAAAAUCCAUGUCCUUCCUAGAACCUCUGAAUGUGGCCUUAUUUGGAAAUAGGAUCAUUGCAGUUGUAGUUAGUUAAGUUGUGGUCAUCCUGGAGUAGAGUGGGCCCUUAAUCCCAGGUAACUGUUAUCCUCAUAGAAAGAGGAGAAGACACCACAUGACAACAGACAGAGACUGGAGCGAUGUAUCUACAAGACAAGGAGCCCCAGGCAAGCACAGGAAACAAGGAAGAUGCAAGGCAUGUUCUUCCCCCAUAGCUUUCAGAGACAGUGGGUCCUACUGACACCCUGACCUCAGAUUUCCAGCUCCCAGGACUGUCAGAGAGUACAUGUCCUUUGCUUUACGCCUCCUCAUUUCCUAGGGAAGUAAUAUACUUUUAUAUUUUUGUUGGGUGAAUGCAUUAGAGAAUAAAUGAAUGGUCACCUGUGCAAACUAACUUGGGGCCAAAGUGUUAGCCCUCUUACAAAUAUGAUUUAAAGGUGAUCAGCUAAGGUCCCUUUCUCCUGCGCCAUAAUCCCAUAGCUGUAGCAGAGCCGAACAGACAGCUGAAACGCUAAACACCAGUGGAGAAGGUAGAUUUGUUAUCAGCAGAGCUUGGAAACAAAACAAAGAACACAGGGGUUUCUUUUCAAGGAAUCCUAGAUUCUUUAGAAAAUCUGAUAGAAACUAUGGGCUCAGACCCCAGAAAAAUGCAAGUACAGUCACUCCUCAUCCCACCCCCCAUCUCUGGGGGAAUCAGUUCCAGGACCCCUUCCUAAUACUCUCUAAGAUCUGAAGAUGCUCAGAUCUUUUCAAAUAGUGUAGCAUUGGCAUGGAACCUGCUACAUCAUUUUGUAUAUUUUCAGUCAUCUCUGGAUGACUUGUAAUACCUGAUGCACUAGAGCUGCUAUGUAAGUAGUAGUUCUACUAUAUGGUUUAGGGAGUGCUGACCAAAAAUGUCCAAAUAUGUUCAAUUAUAGAUGCAGGGUUUUUUCCAAAUAUUUUCAAUCCACGAUUUGUUGAACUCACAGAGGUGGAACCCACAGACACAGAGGGCUGACUGUAGAGUGUAGUGAAGUGAACACACUAUAGUUAAUAGUUUCCUCCUACCCACUCCCCCCUCACAAAACCCUCUGAACCAAGAUUAAGGAUUCCUGAAUUUGGAGCCAAUGUUUUGGUGCAGCAGGUUAAGCUGCUGCCUGUGAUGCCAGCAUCCCAGAGUCCUGAUAGCUCUACUUCCAAUCCAACUCCCUGCUGUUGCACCUGGGAAAGCAGCUGAAGAUGGCCCAAGUGGUUGGGCCCUGCCACCAGCAUGGGAAACCUGGAUGGAGUUUCAGGCUCCUGGCUUCGGCUUGGAUCACGCCUGCCUUUGAGGCCAUUUGGGAAGUGAACGAGAAAAUGGAAAAUUGUGUGUGUGUGCGCGUGUGCAUGUGCGUGUGUGUGUGUGUGUGUAUUUCCCUCUCUAUAUGUAACUCUGCUUUUCAAAUAAAUAUAUCUCAAACAAGAAAAAAAGGGAAUUGCUGAAUUAGAAGAUAACAGAAUAUUGAAGAUUUUUAUCUUUUCUGUGAACAUCCUGAAAACAGAGAAAGGCAAUGAAGUUGUUUCUCCUUUUGAAAUGUGGCCAAAUCACAUGAGACCUCAUCCUUUGGGGUGGGUCCAGUGGCUCACCCAAGAAUGAUGCUGGACUACAGGUGGAGACCCUGGCCUAGACACACAGGGGCUUGAACUCCAAAUCCUGCUUCCCCAUUUAAUCCUUUUGUUCUCUCUGUGUCCUAUUCACUCCCAGCCCAUCCAGUGUGGAUGCUUUUAGGGUCAGAAGGUAGGUUAAUGAGAUAAUGCCAGUAAAGCACUUUGCCUGUAGGAAAGAGUUCCUAUGUAAACAUAAGAUAUGAUUGGACACUAUCAGACUUCAGCUGGGCCAGCAGCAACCCAGCUAGUGUGAUCUUCUUCCUUAUCUACUGUGUGGCCAAAUUGGGUUCUUUCUCCAAGGCAGAGAGUGUGGGAGGUCUUCUGUUGGCUGGUGCAGGGACUCCGAUAAGUGGCCCCUAUCACCUCCCCUUGAGCAGAGCAAACAGAUCAUUUGACUGCGUUUGAUGAAAGGCCCGGCCUGUGCUAACAGUGGGUCCCCACGCUCUUUGUGCAUAUGUACGGAGCCAGCAACCUUCUGGGAAGGCUCUCUUUACAGGGCGUGUUCGCUUCAAUGUGAACUCAAUAUUGCAAUGUAUCUACAGGAAAAGAAAUGUCAUGUCAAGUUUGAUGGUUGUGACUUUUUUAUUACCUCUUGAGAAUGACUUCCCCACUUUUUCUGCUGUUUUUGGCCAACUUGAAAAAAAGAAGGAAAAAUAUAAUACCACUGAUCUCUGACACAUUGUUUUCAGAACUUAUUAAAAGUAACAAAAAGAUUACUUUCUAUAAUUAAUAAAUUGUCAACAUGCCAUUAAACAGGAAUGCUUCAAACUAAGAAACCCUCCUCCAACAAAGGCAACAAACAGAAAGCAACAACAAAUUGCUUGAAAUCUAUAGGAAUUUGUGAGGUUUUUUUUUUUUUAAUCUCAAGGUGGUUUUUUUUCCAUCAUCACUGACAAGGAUGGAGUGAACUGAAAGGAGGUCAGGCAGUUCUCAUCAGUGAGAAGAUGACAGAGGCUCUUAACUCCCAGUCUUAAGGAUGGCACUGCAGAGGGAAGGAAUUCAACCUGCCAUCACCCGCCUCCCACGCAUUCAGGGUGGCUGAAGUAGACGGCAGCCGGUGCUCUGCAGUGGCUCAGGCCUCAUCUCAUGUUUCACCACAUUUUAGCAGUCCUGCUUUCCAGCCAGAAGGAUGACCUUUCAGAGACGGUUGAAUCCUAACCACGUAGAGAACGAAAGCUGACUUUCUCCCUGCCUUUCUCCCUCCCGGCCUUCCUAAACGUACAUUGGCCAACUGUUACGUGCCAGGCACUAUGCAAAGUCAAGGUCUCAAUCAAAAGUCACUCAACAAAUUAUUAUCCCUGACCCAUUUGACAAGUUCAUUCAAGACUGGCCUGGGGGGACCAGCAUUGUGGCAUAGGACAUAAAGGUAUGACCUGCAGGGCUGGCAUCCCAUAUGGGCACUGAUUUGAGUCCUGGCUGCUCCACUUCCAAUCCAGCUCUCUGCUAAUGACCUGGGAAAGCAGCAGAAGAUGGCCCAAGUGCUUGGGCCCCUACACCCAUGUGGGAGAUCCAGAUGAAGAUACUGAUCCCUGGCUUCAGUCUGGCUCAGCCCCUGCCAUUGUGACCACCUGGGAAGUGAACAGAUGGAAGAUUCUCUCUCUCUCUCUCUCUCUCUCUCUCUCUCUCUCUCUCUCUCUCUCCCCCUCUCCCUCUCUCCCUCUCUCCCUCUCUCCCUCUCCCCCUCUCUCCCUCUCUCCCUCUCACUCUUGCAAGUCCUGAGAGUUGACCUUGAAAUUUGAGAUGAGGAUCCACCUUCCACCCAUCCUCAAUCAGCUUUUCAGAGUGCCCAUCCUAAACACCCAUCUGGAAUCGCAUCACUCUCUGCUUUAAAAACCCCACCUGAAGAAUAAAACCCACGGUGCUGCAACAAGGGAGAUGCAACCUUUGUGGCCUUGGGCAGCCCACCUGCCUCUCUGGUCUCAUCCCUGUCCACAUAACCCAUGGCUUUGGCCACAUCAGAAGACACCUCUCCCCCAGAGAACUCCAGCGUUCCUGUACCUGCCCCCUGCCAGGUCCUCCUCGCUAUCCUCUUACAUCUUCCCAGCCUACUCCAGUGCCUCCGUCUGGGAGCUUCCAUGAUGCCCACCACCGCCCACCAUGCCUCUGCCACCCGUGUGUGCUCCCUUCUUGCCCAGAGCAUGCACUGACGCCGCCUCCAUGAACACGGCCAUCCUGGGUGCUUCUGGAGCCCAGGGGUUGUAGCUGAUGUUGCAAUCCCUCAGGAAAGCUUUGUGGAAGGCUCCUUUUUGCACUCUAAAGGGGCAGUGAAGGGGAAGGGUGAGGGGAGCUGUUGUGGCCCAAGAGCCCUGGAAACUAUUUGGAAGUCUACUUUAAUAGGGGUUUUGUCUCACCUGCUAGGAGGAGGUCACUCCAUGCUAAUGCUGUGACUCUGAAGUGCUAAAUUUAGUUUUUGCUGCACCUUUGGGGCAAGUUGUUCUUCGAUUGCAGUCAAACAUACAUAACAUAAAGUUGCCAUUUUGGUGGUGGGCAUCACAGGCAGGAGAGGCCACUGCUUGCAAACCCCACAUCCCAUAUUGGAGUGCGCCAAUGUGAAUCCCAGCUACUCCGCUUCCAAUCCAGCUCCCUGCUGAUACGUCUGGGAAGCAGCAGAUGAUGGCUCGAGUACUCGAGUCCCUGCCACCCACACGGAAAACUCAGAUGGAGUUUCUGGAUCCUGACUUCGGCCUGGCCCAGCCCCAGCUGUUACAGACACUGGGGAGUGAAUCAGUGGAUGAAAGCUCCUCUCUCUCUCUCUCUCUCUCUCUCUCUCUCUCUCUGUGUGUGUGUGUGUCACUCUGCCUUUCAAAUAGAUUUUUUAAUUACCAUCCUAAUCAUUUUAAGUUCAUAGUCCACUGGCAUUAAGUACAGUCACAUUGUUGUGUAUCCAACUCCAAAACUUGGUCUUCUUCCCAAACCAGAACUCCUACCAAUUAAACACUUCUUUCAAGUCUGCCCCACCACCACCCCUGGCAACCAGCAUUCUACUUCUCUCUCUAGGAAUCUGACUACUUGAAGUACCCCACGUAAGUGGACUCAUACAGCGUCUAUCCUGUUGUGUCUGGUUUAUUUCUCUGAGUAUAUGCCUUCAGGGUUCAUCCAUGACACAGCACCUGCCGAACCCCUACCCGCUCUCCAGCUGAGUGAUAUUCCAUUGGAGGAGUACACAUUCCACCCUGUCAAGGGACAUCUGUGUUGCUCCCACAUCUCAGCUCUUGCGGACACUGCGUCUCUGAACGUGGGUGUUCGGAGAGCUCUUUGAGACCCUGCCUUCACUUCUUUGCGGGCAAUCGUCAGCAGUAGAAUCACUACACCAGGAGACAAGGCUAUGUCCAAUUGCUCAGUAGGCGCAUACGUGUUCUGCAGAGGCUGCACUGCUCUACAACGCUGCCAAGAGUGCCAGGGAGUCCAGUUCCUUUACAUCCUCGUCGACACUUUUGUUUUCUGCUGUCUUUUGUUUUUUUGGUUUUUGUUUGUUUGUUUUUGUUUUUGUUUUUAUAACAGCCAUCCUCCUAGGUGGGAAGCAGGAUCUCAUUAUGGUUCCGUUUUGAACCUCUGCAAUCACUGUGUGCAUUUCCCAGAGGUACUUCCUCCUGUGGGCCAGCAGGGGGCACUCCCAUGAGACUGCGAGGGUAGAUGAGCAUGACAGAUGACGGAGUGGCUCACUCUCCCAGGUGGUAGCAGGGACAGAGAUCAUUGACCUUCUCUCUGUGCUUCUCACAGUGUCAGCAUCAAGGAGAACCAAAGAGCCUGGGCCACAGUAGUGUUUCUCAAAGGGGGUACCACUGGCACCCCAGUGAGACAGUCCUUCAUUAUGCAGUACAGUCUCAUAUUGUACCUUUAGCAUCCUGGGCUUCUGCUGGAGGACAACUCAAGUUGUGACAACCCAAAUGCCCCCCAUCUACACUUCCAUGGACCCCCCCAAGCCUCCCCCGCCACCCAAGUCCAGGGAUAGGAGCUGUCCAAUUAAGAACCAGGUAUGCAAAGAAAACUGGCGAUUCCCAGCAUCCUCCACUCACUCAGGCAAUGAAGCCUGGUGUCCAGACCAGAGCUGGGCGGUGCUCAGCUGAGGGAACCAGCACAGGUGGCUUGAGGUGACCCCCACGGCUCCUAGAGACUGUUAACAGCUGGCUGACGGUGACUGGCUGUUGUAUCAAGAGAAAAGGGAAGGCUUUCUCUAAAAGCAAGAUGAGCACAGAAACAGGGGAAAAAAACAAAACAAAACAAAACAAAACAAAACAAACAAAAAAAACAACCAGCACGGCCCCCAUAAGCAGGACCUGCCAUCGGAGCCUGGUCCCUUCCGCGGGCGUCCCUUUGACCGCGCCCCCCACCCCAGUGAAGGAACGCUGCUGCCCUGGGCAGUGUGUCUGCCUUGCCUCCGCUGGGUUACUGGCCUUCCCGGCCCCGGGCUGCCAUGGCAACCAGGAAACAACCUCGCUCCCAAGGAGGAGGUUGCGCUGCGGGCCAGAUCCGCAGUUGCACGGGGCUGGCCCGUAGCAAAGCAACCAGCGCCCCCGGGACAACAAGGGCUCCGGGAAGGGAGCGAGGGGCUGCCCAGAGUAGCCACCCCGGGGGGGCGCGAGGAGUCUGGCUCUGCGGUUUCUGUUUUCUCUCCACAAAGAUCCACACUGUCUAAGCUGUGUGGCUGGUUGUUCGGAGGAAGCUGCUGUCGGGUGGGGUGGGGGUGUGGGGAGCGUCUUCCACAAAGGCCCAGUGUUCGUGGUCCUCUCGGGCCUGGGGCUGAGCUUUGGAAACCUUGAGGUGUGACCAGUGUUCAGCCUUCAAGACCAAGAUGGACUGCCCUUGAGCAGGGGUGGUCGGAGGCAAAACAUGUUCCCGCUCUCCCUCCUGAGCCGGGGCCACGGGAAGCUGGUGCGCAACAAACAGAAGCUGGAAGUCUACUUUGAACCAGAGGAUUACUUGAACUGGAAGUCCCCGGAAGACUAUGUCCUGGUCAGCAAACCUCAGGACAAGGACGACGCCAGCCAGCAUGCCUGGAGCCUCUUUCUUCCCAAAACUUUCAGCACUAGAAAGGGUGCCUUGAUCCUCUACUCAGAAGGGUUAGCCAUAUCGGCAUGGGCACCCAAAGACAGGAGCAAAGGCCCCUACGACCCCAAAAGUCACGGGAGGAGGCCUGCUCUGGAACUGCACACGCUCCACGACCUCAAGGAAGCCAUCCUGGCCUAUGGACGGAGGCGGAGGGAGCAGGACAGAGCCUGGCAACCGUACCUCUACUUCCGAAGUCAGCCAGAGAGCCAGACCCAGCGACAAAUCCAGCCUGGGUAUUCAGCCAGGAGAUACCUCCAAGACCUCUUGCGAACAUGGCCGCCUGACACAAUGUACAAGCUCCAGUGUGCAGGAUACAUCGAGGAUUCUGUGCUGCUGCCGGACAGGCAACCUAAUGGACCAAAGAACUUCAGACCACAACAAGACCUUUCAGGUCACCAGGGCCUGGCUGGAGGGCGCGCUGGGGCUGGGGGAACCCCGGACCUGGACUCUGUAGCCGACAACCACGGUGGGCGGCAGCCGUGGCAGGAAGAGGAGACCCAGGCGGAGGACACGUCGGGAGCGUUCAAGGAAAACCACAGUGAAACAGCGCAGCAGAGCUCCAGGAGGGUCUCCAGCCAGGCCCACACCCAUCACUUCCGGCUCCCGAGCCAUGCAGCCCCCGUUCCGUACUACGGAGGAGCCUUCCCCAAGGGGAAGGCCCUGCUCAGGGACAAACAAGGACACGUGCAACUCCGCCAAGCCAGAAGCGGCCCCCUGUUCCAGGAGCCCCCUGCGGAAAAACGCCUUCUCCCUCCCAUAGCAUCUGCUGCUGGCUCAGAAAAGCACACCCCCGGGGAGGUGAAGAAGAAAAAGGUUGUGGUGUCAAGAGUUUUGAAAUUACCUCCUAUCUCAGAAGACCCCCCCAGAGUCCCGGACCCCCUGAGGAGCCAGUUUAAAGUCCAUGAGCCUCCGAUAGAACUCUUAGUCUUCCCAAUGGAGAUUCACGUCCACACUCAACACCAUCCGAAAGACAAAGCCGGAAGAAGAGGUGCUCCAGGCUCAGAGUCAGAACCGGAAGCAGAAGUGGAGGCCAGGCCUUCGUGGAGGCCUCCCCCGAAGCAGGCCCUACAGAGGCCACGAGAGUUAACGGUUCAUCUCCCAGUGGACACAGGCAGGGACACUCUCUCGCCUCAAGGUAGUGCCUCCCUCCCUCCCACAACCCGCAAGAAUCUCACUGUGAAGCGAAGCCAGUCACAGCACACAAGGGUCAUCAGCCAACAGCAAGGAGGCUGGAAGGGAGAUGACGCUGCUCCAUCCCAGAAUGUGACCCCACCAGUGGACAUUCUACCCCUGGCUGACAGGACAAGAAGUCCAGAGAGCCAGGGGGGACUGGACAGCCCCAGGACAUCUGGCCGGCGCAGCCCUCCGAGUCCCCCAGCUAUGAGCCCGCUGCGGAGGGCACUGCCAUCCAGACAAGCGGAUCCCAGAGAGCCCACACCGGGACGCUGCCCGCUGGGUCCGAGUGGAGGAAAACUCUGCCCGUGCCCGCCAGGGCCGACCGGAAUCUCGGAGCUUCAGCCAGCGGAAGCAAACAUUGAAUCCAGAACUAGUCUUCACGUGGAUCUUUUUGAAACCUCACCUUUGACCCAGACGACAGAGGAGCAGGGAGCCCAGCAGUCCUUGGAGGCGGCGGCUCAGAAGACGGGAGAGCCUCAAAGUUGUACAAAUAAAGGGCCGAUAUGUUCAAACAGAAAAGAAUUUUCCACGCGCAUGCUGCACAUCGACAUGACGCCGUUCCUGAAGGGCGGCGACGCACUGGACUCCAGCGAAGAACCAGGAGGACCCCUAGGAGGAGCCGACCAGGACGGCCAAGAGCCAGGGAUGGCGACCCUUGUCCCUCUCAGCACUUCCCUGCCUGAAUGCAUCCAGACCCCCGAGGCAGAUAGCGUAAAAGAGACAGACGGAGAGCACAGUGCACCCCCCAGAGGGCUGCCCAGGCACAGGCCUGACUCGCCGGAGAGCCCAGCUGCAGUAGCCACAUCUCUUCCAGGAUGGUUCAGCCAGCGGCCACCUGCCAGCCUCGGGCACGUGAAUGAAAACACAGAUGAGCUCCAUCUGAAAAGCCUGCCUGGAACCCAUCGAGGCCACCAGGAGGAGGAGGAGUCGAUUGACAAGGCCAACAGAAGAAAAGGAACCAAGACAGACAAGACCAAAGGAACCAAGACAGACAAGACCAAAGCCCCAGGAAGGGAGAGAGAAGGAAAGGUCCUCGGAGCAGCAGAGGCUGCUGGGGGGAAAUCAAGGCACUCCAAGCCUGAAAGGAAAGCAGAGCUGAUUUCCAAAGCCAAAAGGCCAGUGGUGAAGAGGAACAGGCCCCGGAAGGGAAGGAACCGGGAGCUGGCAGAGUUAACGGGGCCUGAUGUCCACUCAACAAGGACAGAAGACGCCUCGGCGAGAGGUUGCUUCUCCGCAGACUCCGUAGAAGGCCCUUGGCUUUCUCACAAAGACGAGUUUCCGGAGACCCAAGUUUCUAUAGACAGCAGAUUGUCGCCCACCCAGGCUGUGACUGCUGCAGGCGACCUGGAACCUGAAGAAGAGGAAAGCCAGGAAGACCCGUCCAAGGGCCUCAUCCCUAACAGGGAGCAGGAGCAGGCGUCCCGGGACAGGCUGCGAGCCCAGAGGGCUGAGAAGAGGCUGCUGGAGGUGGAGCGGAAGAGAAGGGAGCAGGCCGAGCAGCGGCGGCGCCAGCAGGAGGAGCUGGAGACAGCGGAGCAGAUGAAGGCGGAGCUGGAGCUGGAGCAGCAGAGACGCAAAGAGGAGAUGCGCUUAAGGAAACAGAGACUCGAGGAAGAGGAGCAGCGGCGGGCGGAGGAGGAGAGAAAGCAGCGGCUCCUGAUGCAGGCGGCCCAGCAGAGAGCCCGCCUGCAGCAAGAGGAGUUCCGGAAGAAACUGCGAGAACUCCAGAGGAAGCAGCAGCAGGAGGCGGCAGAGAGGGCCGAGGCAGAGAAGCAAAGGCAGAAGGAACUGGAGAUGCAGUUAGCAGCAGAACAGAAGCGCCUGAUGGAAAUGGCCGAGGAGGAACGGCUGGAGUACCUGCGGCAGAAACAGGAAGCGGCGGCGAAGGCCCAGUGGGAGGCAGAGGAGAGGAGGCAACAGGAAGAGGAAGCUGCAAGGCUGGCGUUGGAGGAAGCCACGCAACUAGCCCAGGAACAAGCCAGACAAAAAGCUGCUUUGGAGAAACGUCUUCAUUUCCAUCUAGAGCUUCAGAAGGAAGCCAGUGGCCUGCAGUGGACACACAACAUCUCCAGACCGUGGGUUUACUCUUAUUUCCAGUUCCUACAGAUGCCCAGGCCUUAAGCGGGAAGAAAACUGAAAAGUAAGUCGGGACAAACUUGCUUUACUCUCAGGUUCCAUCCUGAGCCCAGUCUGGCUCACCUCAACCCACACCUAAGAUUUUCUGCACUUUGGAACUUCCCUUCCCACCAGCUCUCUCCACCACACACAACGUUCAGCACAGUUAAUUUCUUCACUCGCCUAAAUCCUUUUUCUAGAACCACGUAAGUAGGUGUCUAAAACUGGCCAUGACUUCAUAAUUUGCUUGGAACACGAACAUGGUCUUAGGAUUUUCAAGGUAUUUCAUUCAUGUCAAUGUGUCUGAAUGAGCUGCAGGUAGGCUUUUUUUUUUUUUUUUAAAGAUAAACAGUAAUUCUCAAUUCACUAAAAGGAGCUGAUUCAUACUCAUUUAUUCAUACAUUAAGAAUUUUAUUAUAAAUCUCUUCAUAAAGCAAAACCACAGCCAUUUCAUCCUGAGUCUAAAGUUUAAUCUCUAUUUAGAACAAGGUGUUUAUAAUCCCUUGAUGAGCAAAAUGAGCUGUUUUGUGAGUCUCUCCUCACAUCCUUAAAGUACAGAUUGUAAAGUAGCAUCCAGUCAGAUGGCUUACCAGUCAGUCACGUGUAGCUAUUUAAAACCACCUUCAACUAGCCACCUGCCAGUUCUCAAUGACCACACGCAGCUUCUGGCUACUACUGUAAAACACAGAGUUCGAUGGGACAGCAUUAUUCUGAAGACCUGAAAGUUAGCAAAUACUCAUUUUUCUGCACCUAACUGUGCCCUGUGAGUAGCUAACCAGCUACUCACAAAUUUCCCCCAUUUAGGAGUGGACAUUUGGUGCAGCAGUGAACACACUGUGUGGGACACCUAUCUCCCAAACUGGAGUGCCUGGGUUGAGUCUUGGCUCUUUUACUUCCUAUCUGGCUUCCUGCUAAUGUAUAUCCUUAGAGGUAGAUGAUGGCUCAAAUACUUGGGUCCUUGCUACCCCUGUGGAAGAUCCAUUUAGAACUCUGGGGUGCUGGCUUUGGCCUGGCCCAGCCCUGGUUGUUGGAGUUAUCUGGGGAGUCAACCAGGAGGUAGAAGAUCUCUCUGCCCUUCAAAUAAAAUGAAAAGAAAAUAGAUAGUAAAUAAAGCAAAAGAUCGGAACCUAAAUUCUCCUACAGAUUUCCUUCAGCCCUACUCUACACUUCCCACAGCUGCAAAGCUUACUAUUUGCAGCUAAUUCCCUGCAAUUUCUCAAAGUUCAUAGUUGCUUUCUAAAUAUCUGCUACAACCCAGAAAUUGGGCUUGGUUUAGAUUCUGUAUUGCUCCAUUAUUGGACUUGCUUAGACUAGAUACUUAAACUCCUUGUUUUAGGUAAAAUGAAACAAAUUGGACAAAAUACUUGUGUCAUAGUGAAUUUAAACAUGUAAUUUCAACUUUUUUGAGUUUGACAACUCUACCUGCACACUGAUUCAUUCACUAGUAAUUAAAUAGGUAAGGCUGGCACCACGGCUCACUAGGCUAAUACUCCGCCUGCGGUGCCGGCACCCUGGGUUCUAGUCCCGGUUGGGGCACCAGAUUCUGUCCCGGUUGCUCCUCUUGCAGUCCAGCUCUCUGCUGUGGCCCGGGAGGGCAGUGGAGGAUGGCCCAAGUGCUUGGGCCCUGCACCCACAUGGGAGACCAGGAGGAAGCUCCUGGCUUCCGAUCGGUGCAGCACGCCAGCCGUGGCAGCCAUUUAGGGGGUGAACCAAUGGAAAAAGGAAGACCUUUCUCUCUCUCUAACUUUGCCUGUCAAAACAAAAAUAAAAUAAAUUUAAAAAAUUAGGUAAGAAAGGGGCAUGUCAAAUAAUUCAAGAACAGAAUGAAUAAAGAAAAUAUCCUCAUGGGAGAAAUUAUUAUUGAUUUUCUUUCUCCCCUCUUUUACAAAUUUAGGAUGUGUAGUCAAGGACCAGCGAGAGUAGCUACACUAAAUGUUACUCAAAGUCCCCUCCAAUCUGAUGCUCUUUUACAUUUUUGCCAUCAAAUGCCUAUUUGAUCAGCUCUCCUAUACCUGAUAAGCAUUUUUAAGGUUAACCAUAGAGUGCAAUGCAUUUAGAAGAAUCCAAUAAGCUAAAAGCUAUUUCCCCAGUACCUAAGUAAGCUACACCACCUGAAUGCUGAGAGCCUUCAGACACUUAGACACAAACAGAAUUAAAAUAGUAAACUAGAUUCAUGCAUUUUGAAUUAGCUCAGAUGGCCAAUAUGAUUUGUUAUUCAAUCUCAACAAAAGUAUACAACUCAAAAGCGUUUUCUAAAAAUGGGCCUACUUCCUAGUACUAUAAUGAAUAUGGUAAUUGCCAUAUAAGUCUAAAAGACCUAACUUCACACAAUACAAGUGAUUUUUUAAUUAAGGGUCAAAUAUAAGAAUGUGUAAGAUCAAUCUAUUUUUCAACAGGUGACUUCAGUAGCUGUAACAGUUUGUAAAAUGCAUUCAAGUUUUAUUUGCUCUUAAAUGGUCAGCUGACAUUCUCUUUGGAAUAAAAUGAAACUGAAUUAUGUGUAUGCAUAAGUAUACCAAAUUAUGUGAUUCAUUAGAGUUAAAAGGAAAAGUGAAGCCAGCUAAUAAGAACUAAUACGGCAUUUUAAUUUUACAAAGUUUAAAUAUUUACGAUAUAAAGGAAAAAAAUUAUCAAACCUUAACUACACAGAACAUUUUGAAAUUGUUGAAGAACUGAAAUUAUCAAUAUAAAUCAGUAAUUUUUGGUGUGCCCAUGUAUUCAACAGGUUUGGAUAACUAUCAUAUGCACCAUACACGAAUAUCGAGUUUUAAAAAAACAGAACACUGAGUAUUUAAAAAAGGUUAUUGUGGCCUUAAUUAAAUCCUUGAUUGAGAAGGCACUUCAGUAACUUUCAGUGCUUCAAAGUCAUUAACAUCACUGUACAGUAGUGAAGAAAAAAAUUGUACUAUGUGCAAACAGUUUCCAGUAUUAUACAAGAAAACCUUAAUUUAGGCAUUCAUUUUCCUUCCUAUACAAUUAAAAUAAAAUAAGCAUUAGUACGGUUUUUACAAAUAUCGUUUAUUUUAAUGAAGCUGGUACAGACAAUGUCCAUUUAAAACCCAUAUCCCAGGCCAAAAAGUACAAAUGAAAUCAAAAGGAGCAGUGUUCUGUUGUACACUUCUGCAUGAGUAAUUUUAUUAACUGCUUAUGAAAAUCAGAACUUUUCUGGGAUCUUCUGACAAGAUUUUUUUUUAAUCUUAAUUAAAAUGCUUUCUCUCCAGUGAAGCCAUCUUUGGAGUUAGUCAUUUCUCUCACCGAAUCUGUCGUCUUGACACCAACCUGAUAUUCCUCUUCUUUUGGUCCAGACCCUCAGAUUUUUAGAAGUAGCUUCGAGUCAAGGAAAGGUCAUUUUUCCACAGUUCCGUCCUCUGAAGAACUUCCAUCUCCCACUGAAAGUCACAGUCCAGGAGUGAAGCAAUCACCUGUUAGGAUCUCAGGGCCAAUUGGAAAGUCAUUCUUAAUCAUCACCACAAGCCUGAAAACGCACAGUCCUGAAAAAGGUGGCCUCUCUGUGUACACACGGAAUCUUAAAAAAGAGAGGGCCCUCUGAAGGGGGCUGAGGCUUGAUCACCAAAAAUCAGCACAAUGAAAACAAGAAUGGAGAGCACUAGAAUUCAAAUUACCAGAUGUUUUAAAGAGAUGGGGUGCCAGUUUUCAAUUCCAUUUUUUGAACACCACAUUACAAAAGAACUAUUUUUAAAAAUAAAAAAGGAUUAAGGGAAAAGAAAAAAAAAAAUAAAGAGUAUCUAAACCGUUGAAUGACCCC